GAAGAUGGCUUUUAUCUUUACAAAGAUGGUGAGCUAAAGGUGAGGCCAGUUAGAUUCAUUAUUAAUACACAUAUUGACACACAGAAUGGCAAAGGAAUAGAGAAGAAGUUGGAUACUGUCAAAACAACCAUCUAA